GAUUUUAAUUGCGAUAAGUCUCGAGAGUGUCUGCUAUAAUAAAACGCCACGAACGUCACUCAAGUCAUCAUAUUAUAAUAGAAUUACACAAAUCAAAAAUAACUACACAAAGCGAAAUUAACAAAAUAAUUAAACAAAUAUUUUAAGUGAAAAUGAUUAGUUUACGUGCCCUCCCUUUGGGAGUUCUAUGUGUUUUACAAUUGGUUUCAAACCCACUGUUGGUUGAAGGUGCUUCUAUUGCUUCGGGAGAAAAAAGUGAAGUGCGAAAUUACACUUUGGGUUCCUGCGAUGUCUACUGUACGGGCAAACUCCUUGACUAUGUCCAAAUGAAUUCGAUCUUCAAGGACUCCAAGACUUUUGUUGACAUGAAAUUGAAAAAUCCACCAAAUGUAACAAUCGAAAAGUUCGAAGACUUUUUGAAAAGUAAGAACCAGAAACCUAGCAAGGCUGAUCUCGAACAAUUUGUGAAGGACAACUUUGAUGAUCUUGGCAAAGAAUUUGAAACAUACACACCCCACGAUUGGAUUGAAAGACCACGUUUCUUGGACUUAAUUCGUGAUCCCGAUCUCAAACAAUGGGGUAGCGAUUUGAAUGGAAUUUGGAAAAUUCUCGGUCGUAAAAUGAUCGACGAUGUACACAAAAAUCCCGAAUACUAUUCCAUCAUUCCCGUCGACAAUGCAGUUAUUGUUCCUGGUGGACGUUUCAUUGAAUUCUACUAUUGGGAUUCCUAUUGGAUUAUUCGUGGACUUUUGCACUCACAAAUGCACUCAACUGCUCGUGGUAUGUUGUCCAAUUUCUUGUCAAUUAUUGCCCGUUUCGGUUUCAUUCCCAAUGGCGGUCGUGUAUACUAUGCUAAACGAUCUCAACCACCACUAUUGGCUCCAAUGAUCAAAUCUUAUGUUGAAUUCACUGGCGAUGAUGAAUUUGCUUUGGAUAGUGUUGAGACUUUGGAACAUGAAUUCGAAUAUUGGAUGAAUAAUCACACUGUUCAAGCUAAAGGUUAUAAUUUGUUUGCCUAUGGUGAUGCUUCGGCUGGACCUAGACCAGAAUCUUAUAGAGAGGAUGUGACUAGCGCUAUGAGGUUUAAGACAGAUGAGGAAAAACAAGCUUAUUAUUCAGAACUUGCAGCUGGAGCUGAAUCUGGAAUGGAUUACAGUAGCCGUUGGUUUAUUAAUGAAAAGGGUACCAACGAGGGUAAUUUGACAGAUCUUAAAUGUCGAUCAAUUAUUCCAGUUGAAUUGAAUGCAAUUUUGUAUUGGAAUGCAAAGAUUAUUGCUGAAUUCUAUACAAUGUCGAAUAAUGUUGCCAAGUCAGGUGAAUACGAACGUAAAGCUAAGGAAAUUCUUGAGGCAAUUAAUGCUGUUUUAUGGAAUGAAGAAGCUGGUGUAUGGUUGGACUACGAUAUGCUCAACAAUAAACCACGUGAAUACUUCUGCCCAACAAAUCUCUUCCCUCUGUGGACAAAGGCAUACAAUCCAAAGGAUUCGGAAAAAAUCUCGAAAUCUGUUCUCAAGUAUAUUGAACAAAAUGGCCUUGAUAAAUACCCUGGUGGAGUACCAAAUACUUUAGUAAAUACUGGAGAACAAUGGGACUACCCUAAUGUCUGGCCACCAAUGCAACAUACUUUAGUCGAAGGUUUAGACAAUUUGAAAACUCCAGCUGCUAUGAAAUUGGCGAAAUCCUGGGGCUACCGAUGGGUUCAGUCAAAUUUUGCAGCUUACAAAGAUUCUCAAGCUAUGUUUGAAAAGUACAAUUGUGAAAAAUUCGGAGGACAUGGAGGCGGUGGUGAAUAUGAAAUUCAAACUGGUUUCGGUUGGACCAAUGGUAUCAUUAUUGAUCUCCUGACAAAAUAUGGAGAUGACAUUACUCCAAUGUCAACAUCCAAAGGAAGUAUGACAUCACUUAUAAGCUUAGUUGCGGUAGCUACAGUUGCAGUUAUCGUGACAACAGUAGGACGAUUCCUAUGGAAAUCAUGGAGUAGCAGAUGAAGGAUGAAAUAAUAAAUUUGACAUUUUUGGAAAUUCCAGUUAGCUGAUUGAUUUUAUAAAAUUUUAACUAUAGAUGCAAUAUAGAGAAUAAAUUAUUAUAAAUUAAGUAUAUAACUUGUGAUUUUUUUU